AUGAGGCUGUCAGGCUCCAAGUAUUCCCAGAAUCACUUGAAACGUCAAGCAGACUUAAUGCUUACAACGUGGGGCAAGGUCUUCCUGAGAAUUGGGGCGAUCCAGGCCCAGAGGGAGAUCCGCACCGGUGUUGAUCAGUGCAUCCAGAAGUUUCUGGAUGUUGCAAGACAAACUGAAUGCUUUUUUCUACAAAAAAGACUGCAGCUAUCGGUCCAGAAACCAGAGCAAGUAAUUAAAGAGGAUGUUUCAGAAUUAAGAAAUGAAUUGCAGAGAAAAGAAGCAUUAAUUCAGAAACAUUUGGGUAAACUGCGUCACUGGCAACAGGUCCUGGAAGAUAUCAGUGUACAGCACAAGAAGCCUGCAGAAAUACCUCAAGGUCCAUUAGCUUACCUAGAACAAGCAUCUGCUAAUAUUCCUGCUCCAAUGAAGCAAACGUGAUCUUUGAUUUUACAUAUCUGAACAUUUUCAACAAUGCAAAGGAGUGGUGUUAGUUUGACUUUGUAUGCUUUUUGUAUAAUGUAAUUUGUACUACAAAUACGAAUAGUUAAGACAAUUAAGCAAAAUAAAUGAUUUUUUUUUUUUUUUUUUUUUUUCAAAAAUAUGGAUUGGUUUUAUAUUUCAACGGAAAAUAUGCAGAGUUGCUAUUCAGGAUGCUUUCUGGUAGAAGUGUGUUUUCCAGAAUGCAUCGUGUUCCUUCUGGAAAGGGUGGCCCUAGCUUCCCCCUAACUGUAUCUUUGCUGGUAAUGAGUUAGCUAGCAUGAUCUGAUAAAUGUAGUCACUCACCCACUUUGCAUUUAGGUGGGCAUAAGAACAAUAUUGAGAUAAAAUGUACAAGUACACAGUUCCCAUAAAUCUGGAACUCUGAGUGUAUCAGUCUGACUCACACUUCGGCAUAACAUAGCACUAUUUUGGAAAACAUAGAAAUGGAUGAUUUACAAGCAAGUUUUAAUGUUCAUACUUGCAUAUUAUCCUAAUUUAUCAGGCUGAUUGUUACACGUAUUGAAGUGCAACAGGAAUAUUAUAUUGCAAUGCCGACUACACAAAACAGUUUAUUAAGCAAACCAGAAAGUAUUUCUAAACCAGCCUGCUAUAAACAUGCUAUUGGAGGUAUACUGCAUGCUGUACAGCUUAAAAUAAGUUUAACAAAAAACUAUUAAAAACUUAAAAAAUUACAUUAUUAUAUACAGAAAUUAUUUUAAACAGCUGAUAAAGCAAAUGUAUAAACCUACAGAAAUCACCUACAGAAGUAAGAUCUUUUUUCAGCUGGAGCCAGAUUGAUAGGACGUAUCGGAGACCAAACUGCGUAUUUAAUGCAAUUGCGGAGUGGUGCAGUCUCUUGAUUAAAAAGUCUCUCCACAUAACA